AUGGGAAGGCCUCGCAACACCACCGCACCCAGCAUGCAGCCGUUUCCUCAAUCAUCUCGUUCUACAGUGGGUGAGCUAGUAGAGCUACUCCCACCCUAUGAAGCAGCUGCUCUUCUCGUCGACACAUAUUUUGACAGAGUCCAUUGGUUUAUGCUCAUCUUCCACCAGGAUGAAUUUCGCCAACGAUGGCCAGGACUUUAUUGUUCCUCUGGUUCACAGGCACAGGAAGACGUCAGGGAUAUAGGGUUCCUAAGUACAUUCUUGAUGGUCAUUGGUAUUGGUCUGCAAUAUGCAGGGGGCUACCGCUGGCAGCGCUUAUCGGAUCUAGGGAUUGAUCCAGAAUCCCUUAAGCAACGCAUACUGUCCUCAAUUAAGACGAAGCUACUCGAUAUCGUUUCAUUGGGGAGCCUGGAGGUUGUGCAGACAUGCAUUCUGCUAGGGACUUAUUAUCUAUAUCACGGCACCCCAAGGCUUGCAUCGCCUGUGUGUGGAUGCGGCCUGCGAGUCGCCCAGGCUCUCAACCUCCAUCGGCGGAUGACCAAGGAACAGCUUUCGUCAGGCCAUCAGCCUGACAAUUGGCAAAUGAAAAACGAAUCCCGAAAGCGCAGCUGGUGGGCCAUUUAUGAGAUUGAGACUUUCUCCUCGAUGACCUACGGAUAUCCUCAUUCGAUCAAGGAUUCUGAUUACGACGUGGAACCGCUGAACCCCUCGGCCAAAUUACAGGGAUCCCGUCCACCUACAUCGUUCAAGGAACCACUGAUGGGUGAAGCGACGCUGUUGUCAUACAAAUAUUACAUGUCCAAGCUGUCGGUUCUCACCAAGGAAGCCCUGACUGAGCUCUAUGGAAUCGGGGGGCCAGCGGAAGCUACAAAGUCGAUGCACUCCACCAAGCUGCAAGAUACCAUCAAAAAGACCACUGACUUAGAUACCCGAUUACAGGAUUGGCACAUGGAACUGCCGUCUAAACUCCAAUGGAAUCAGACUCCGGACGCAACCACUGCCUAUUCCUCGCCGGAUGAGCUCGACCGCGAUGUUGGCGCGACCGGUCCACGCUUCGAAGAUCAUAUCUACGAACUACAAGCAUUGGCUUUGAAGCUGGCAUACGAAAACGCCCGAAUCUUGGUUCAUCGUCCUCUGCUCUCAUACAAGCUAGUUGCGACACCUUCGAGGUCUGAAUCUAGUGCGGAAACAACCCGGCCUGGUCCCUUUUAUCACGCGCUGGAGACAUGUCGCCGAUCAGCUUUACGCAUUUCGGAAUUAAUCGACAGCCCCAUCAUGGAUCUCGUGGGCGCAACCUAUGCAGCUGCCUUCGUCAGUAUCCAUACGUUUGCCGCCGGUGUGCUCUUAGCUAUCUUGAGUAGUAUGGCUCCGCUUAGUCCCGAGUCUCGCGAGGCUAAGGUUGGCCUUCACCGGCUAAUGGGUAUACAAGAAAAGCUUCGGGACCGCUGUGUUCUAGCUGCACAAGGACUGGAGAUUCUGCAGCGUCUAACAAAGCUUGUCAUGGAGAAGGAGCUGAAUACCAUGCUAGACCUGCCGAAAACAUCACAGACGUCAAAGGAUGCGCAUCCUCCCGAUGACCACACGGGUUCCGAAAGUAUGCCAGCGCCGGCCUAUACUGAGGAAGCUCAUCAUUCGUUGAACCCCAAUCAGGAGAAUUCCACAUCGCAUCCCGAUACUUCCCAAUCCUCCGAAAUUGUCAACCCCACCUACACUAUCUCAGAUGGCGAGAACCCCGAUUCCUCUCUUCAAUACAUCGAAGAUCCUGCUCUAUCCGAGGCCCUAUUCGAUUUCGACCAAGCAUUGCUUAAUUUUGCCCCACGAUCCGAUUUCGAUCCCAAUGAACCUCCCUCUUCUCGCUUCCUAGCCGAUGACGGUUUUCCAAUGCUGGAACAGACUUGGAUAUGGGGUCUGGAUAACAAUCCAUCGUUCGGUGGACCCUAG